AUGCCUCCAAAGAGAGGCCGCACCCAAACCCGCCCCGAGCUCAGCUCGUUCCCUGUCCUGCGCGCCGCACUGGCACCCAUCAUCCGCACCCCCGCCACCAUGCUGCAGUUGCUCUUCAACCGCAAGAUGAACGGCUAUGCCGAGCAGCAGCAGAGCCGCUUCCGCUUCGUCCUCAAGGCCACCGGCCAGCAGCUCGAUGUCGAGUUCAUUUCGCGAAGCGUCCUGCAGACGGAGCUGGGCCUGAGAGCCGACGAGUGGAACCAGCUCGGAUACCCCAUGGAUGGCGGCGUCUUCAUCGUCAUCGACAACAGCAGCAGCACCGCCACCACCACCAACACCAAUUUCGCCCCGGCAAUCCUCGUCCGCGACCUUAUGGUACGCGGUGGCUGGAGGGAGUUCAAGCUCUGGCGCGGCCAGUUUAGUGCCGUCGCCGAGGUAGACAAGCUACCUCAAGCUGCUCCUGCGUUGCCUGCUGUGCUCGCUGUGCCCGCCGUGCCUGUCGUGUCUGCCGCGCCGGCUUUGCCUGUUGUGCCUCCUGUCGUCCUUACGCCGGCUCCUGCCACCAGCCAGAAGCGCAAGCGUGACGACGACGACGACGACGGUGACGAAGACGAUGACAAUGAUGACGAUGGCGACGAUGACGACGACGAUGAAGAGGGCGAGCAAGAAGAGCCGCCGAUGAAGAAGCAGAAGGAGGGCGAGGACGAAGAAGCUGUGAUCGACCCAGCUCUCCUUGGUGGUUCUGCUGCUGUGUACGCCUAUACCUACGGCGACGACAACGACAACGACAACAGCACCAAUACCAACACCAACACCAACACCAAUGACGAGACGCUGGUGCCGAAAGGAUGGGAGCUACCGGAGGGGUUUGAGCCGGCGGAGGGAGAAUACUGGGCAGGUCCAUCGGCCUUAUGA